CCGUCACCUAAAUGCUUCCGUCUAGAGCUGCCCACUGCUGGCGUAAACACUUAUGUCGCGAGCAUGAUGAAAUAACAGUGGACAUAUUAUAGUGUAGCCGGUAUAUUUGUAAUUUAACAGCACUUUUCAAAGGUUCAGGAUGCAUUCGCGUAUGUUAUUCAAAGGCACAGCUGCAGCUAUUGCUGCGAGAAGGAUUCGCCAUAUACUGGGGCCCGUUUUGUCAAAAGAAGGUUGGAAGUGCAGCGCACAUGAGGUCAAACUCCUCAACACCUCGUCAGGUGACACUGUGAAGAUAGGCGAGAUCUCAUAUGUGCUCAAAUCUCCCAGAAAUCCAGAACUUGUGCCAGUAAAUCAUAUGAUGGAGGCUUUGCCACAAAUGGUCACCCAACACCUUCGCUGGAUAAUGCAGAAGGACCUUCUUGGACAGGACGUGUUUCUCAUUGGUCCUCCUGGUCCUCUGCGCCGUUCAAUUGCCAUGCAGUACCUGGAAUUAACAAAGCGAGAAGUGGAAUAUGUUGCCCUGUCCAGAGAUACUACUGAGACUGAUCUCAAACAGCGCAGAGAGAUCCGGUCUGGAACUGCCUUUUACAUCGACCAGUGUGCUGUCCGAGCUGCAACUGAGGGUCGGAUUCUGGUGUUGGAGGGGCUGGAGAAGGCAGAGAGGAACGUGUUGCCAGUUCUCAAUAACCUGCUGGAGAAUCGAGAGAUGCAGCUGGAAGAUGGACGCUUUCUCAUGUCAGCACAGCGCUACGACAAACUCCUGGAGGAGCACACUAAAGAUGAGCUGGAUGCGUGGAAAAUCGUUCGGGUGAGUGAGGAUUUUCGAGUCAUUGCUCUCGGCCUGCCUGUUCCCCGAUACAAAGGAAACCCGCUGGAUCCACCUCUCCGCUCCCGCUUCCAGGCCAGAGACAUCUACUACCUUCCCUUCAAGGACCAGCUAGAGCAUCUAUACAGAAUUGGACCAAAUGUGCCUCCUGAAAGGGUGUCCCAGCUCUUGUCUUUGGCCACUACACUUUGUUCUCAAGAGUCUGCCAGCUUAAGUCUGCCUGAUUUCCCUAUGGACAAUCUUCCAUCUGCCCUCGCAGUUCUAAACCUGUUCCCCAUGCUGUCAGCGCAGCAGCUGGUCCAGAGGCUUUACCCGUACGAGGUCAUGCUGGGAAAGGAAGGCCGUACCGCCGUUGAAGGGGUGCUCAGUAGGUUUGAGUUGACUGAUGGGAGCACGAAACCUUCUCCGACUGCAGUGCUGAGCGUUGAGUCUGUGAAUGGAGAUCACGCAGGACAGGCAGCUGUCACCCUCAACAUAGCCAACCAGAACAUCACCUUUAAGGUUCCUUCAGGGACGCGGCCGAGUCGCCCACCCAACAGCAGUCCCGCGUUCAUCGGCACCCCCACCCACGACCGCCUGCUGGCCGAGAUGAUGCAGUCCCACCUCGUCAAAGACAUUUGUCUGAUCGGAGCCAAGGGUUGUGGCAAAUCCGUGAUUGCAAGGGAAUUUGCUGACAUGCUGGGCUACAGCACUGAACCAAUUAUGCUUUAUCAGGAUAUGACUGCGCGGGACCUCCUCCAGCAGAGGUACACCCUGCCUAAUGGAGACACGGCCUGGAGGGCCUCCCCGCUGGUCACUGCUGCUCAGGAGGGCAAGCUGGUGCUGCUGGACGGCAUCCACCGUGUCAACCUGGGCACUCUGGCUGUGCUUUCCAGGUUGCUGCAUGACCGCGAGCUGGCUCUGUAUGACGGGACUCGACUACUGAGGUGGGACCGUUACCAGACUCUAAAAGACGAGCUACAGCUCACAGACCAGGAGCUGCAAGACAGAUCCAUCUUCCCAGUCCACCCGUCAUUCCGGAUCAUCGCUCUAGCGGAGCCGCCUCAGGUCGGGAGCACCACGCAGCAGUGGCUCGGCCCGGAGAUCCUCACCAUGUUCCUCUUUCACACCGUCAAACCACUGGCCAAGGCUGAGGAAACAGCUGUUAUCCAGGGCAUGAUCCCAAAUGUUCCCAAAGAGGCAGUGGAGCAGCUGCAACACCUGACUCACAGUCUGAGAAAAUCCAAUGAUCCUACGGCCCUGUCUCUUGCUUCUUCAUUGUCCACCAGGCAGCUGCUGAGAAUCUGUCGGCGUCUUUCUCAGUAUCCACAGGAGAGUGUUGCUCACGCUGUGAACAAAGCCUGUCUGUCCAGGUUUCUGCCCAGCCUGGCUCGCUCGGCUCUUCAGAAGAGUCUGGUGAACUGCUCAAUAGAGGAUCAGCCUGACCCAGCAUCAGAACAGAGCCAUCUCUACACCUGCACAGUAAAAGAUGGACUUCUGACCAUAGGGAACGUCUCGGCUCCUGUGUACAGCCCUGAUGAGAAGAUGAAGGUCCCGGAUGUGCUCUUUUAUGAGAACGUUCAGCACAUGAUGGUGAUGCAGGACAUGCUGAAGGACUUCCUGUUGGGGGAACACCUGCUUCUUGUGGGCAACCAGUCGGCCUGUUGUUUUGUUAGGGUGAUAACCUGUAUCCUGAAGACAUUGGUGGAGAGUGGAGAGAUGAUCCUGGCAGAUGGAAGAAGAAUAGUGUCAGAUCCACUGGAAGCAGCCGGAAGGUCUAAUGCCAUUCCCAUGCAUCCAGACUUCCGUAUGAUUGUUUUAGCAAACCGACCUGGCUUUCCGUUUUUGGGAAAUGACUUCUUUGGAGCGCUUGGGGACAUAUUUAGCUGCCAUGCAGUGGACAACCCCAAACCUCAGGCUGAGUUUGCCAUGCUGAAGCAAUAUGGGCCUGAUAGUCCUGAUGCAAUCCUCCAGAAACUGGUGGCUGCAUUCGGAGAGCUCCGGGCCAUGGCUGACCAGGGAACAAUCACCUACCCCUACUCUACACGAGAAGUGGUCAACAUCGUAAAACACCUGCAGAAAUUUCCAGAAGAGGGCCUGGCCAACGUGGUGAGGAAUGUGUUUGACUUUGACUCCUAUAACAAGGACAUGCGUGAGGUACUGAUCACAGCGCUGCACAAGCACGGCAUUCCCAUCGGAGCCAAACCCACCAGCGUGCACCUGGCCAAGGAGUUACCAUUGCCAGACUGUAAGAUGGCAGGUUACUGGACCAUCAAUCAGGGUGGAAGUACACGACGAAAGCUGCUGUGUCCAACAGAGUCCCAUCGGAUAGAUGUCAAGGGCCCUGUGUUUCUGCGGGUUCAGAGUUAUCCUUCUGAGAGGCACGAGUCCAGAUCUAUGAGCUUCACCGAGGAACAGGCUCACUGGCAGAUUCCCAUGAACGAGGUCAACAUCGUCUGCGACGUCACCACUGCUAACGAUUCCAUUUAUGUGGCCACAUGUAACCCUGUAUCGCUGUAUGCUAUGAAGGAGAAAGGAGACUCCGUCCAGUGCAUUGAGCUCUAUGACGUCUUCCCCCGGACCAUCAGUGGAGUCUGGCAGCCUUUUGUCUCUGUGGCGGCACUGGGCAAUCCGCUGCAGGACCAGGUGAUGCUCCAUGAAGAACAGGGAAAUACAGUGCUGCAUCUGGACCUGGUGACCGGUGCUGUGAGGAGACUGGUCCUGUCUCAGGACAAACAGGAGGAACCACCACACAAGACCUCAAACUGGUGGAGCAACAAAGAGAGUCAGCCAGCAUACAAAAUGUGCAAGGAGUUUGCCCACAAGAACUGGCUUCUCUUCUACAAAGAAAACGGGAGUCAGCUGGAUGUUGUUGAUGUGCUAGAAGGUCAGGUUCACACCAUCUCCCUCCCCAUCAAUCUCAAAGCUGUGUUCCUGGUGGCUGAAGACCGCUGGCUUCUUGUUGAGAGCAAGACUGACAGGAAGUUCCUGUUGACAAAGCCCAUGCACAUGGGCGCAGAGGACACGGGAGUGUGCCAGCUGCACGCCAUCAGUGAAGACGCUGUUAACACUGGCUUUGGCACCAGCUCAGGGAUGGAAGCCACAGCUCCUCAGGAGGUAUCGAAUGAGCAGCUGCCCAAUGAGAACCUCAGCACUGCCCUGGGCCAGAAGAUCGCCUCUCCCAACCGCAUCCUCUGUGACACUAACACCUAUGCUAAUGUUAUCGUGGGCUUCCCAGACCUCAUGUCCCCUAACGAAGUGUACAGCUUUACGAGAUCUUCGCCCAUAACAGAGGGUCGGGGACCUGAUAUGUUUUUUGGGUCAAGUAAGCGAACCGGGCCAGCAAAGAGGGUCAACUGUGUCUGUCUGUUAAGUGCUAAUCAAGUGGUCCGAGCUCUGCCCCCUUCACAAAUCCCACUGACUGAGAUCUACCCCAAAGAUGUCACACCACCCAUGACUGUUGCUUACCUGGAAGUGACAGACCUUAACUCUAAAAAGCUCAAAUACAUUCCAGUGCCGAGGAGCAGCUCGAUGUCUCCAUACACCGUGUGGAUCUCAAAGGUCUCAGACACAGAUGUAGUGAUGGCUCCUCUGGGCUCUGGUGGAGUGGUGACUGUGGACAUGGGAGGCUAUGUCAAACUAUGGGAAACAGGCCUGGACAACCUGCAGCGCUCUCUGCUGGAGUGGAGGAACAUGAUCGGAGCAGAGGAUGGCAGGCCAAUCCAGAUCACCAUUCAGAGAGACAGUGGACAAGAUGUCAGCUCCCCCAAACACGGCAAGAUUGAUCCCAGAAAUGCCCCUCAUGUAGGCGGGAACCAGUGGGCUGGAGGCACAGGCGGCAGAGAUACAGCGGGUCUUGGAGGGAAAGGAGGCCCCUACCGUCUGGACGCCGGACACAAAGUUUACCAGAUUUCUCAGGUGGAGAAAGACGCCGUGCCCGUUGAGGUGAAGAGAGCAGCACGGGAGAUGGCCGAGAAGGCUUUUAAGCAGAGGCUCAAGGAAAUUGAGAUGAGUGAGUAUGAUGCCAGCACGUACGAGCGUUUCUCAGGAGCGGUCAGACGACAGGUCCAGUCGCUCCGCAUCAUUCUGGAUAGUCUGCAGGCUAAAGGGAAGGAGAGGCAGUGGCUGAGGAAUCAGGCUCUGGGUGAGCUAGACGAUGCUAAGAUCAUUGACGGCCUGACAGGAGAGAAAGCCAUUUAUAAACGCAGAGGAGAGCUGGAGCCAGAGUUGGGGUCUCCUCAGCAGAAGCCGAAGCGUUUACGUCUGCUAGCGGACGUCUCUGGCAGCAUGUAUCGCUUUAAUGGCGUGGACGGCCGUCUGGAGCGCUCCAUGGAAGCUGUGUGUAUGGUGAUGGAGGCUCUUGAGAGCUACGAGCACAAGUUUAAGUAUGAUAUUAUGGGGCACUCUGGAGACGGGUUUGACAUAGAACUGGUCAGAUGUGACAAAGUGCCCAAGAACAACAAGGAGAGGCUGAAGGUUUUGAAGACCAUGUAUGCCCACUCGCAGUUCUGCAUGAGCGGAGACUACACGCUGGAGGGCACCGAACACGCCAUGAAGGAGCUGGCGCAUGAAGAAGCCGACGAGCAUUUCGUCAUCGUGCUGAGCGAUGCCAACCUGGAGCGCUACGGGAUCAGCCCCGACCGGUUCGCACGCGCCCUCACCAGUAACCCGCAGGUCAAUGCCUUCGCCAUCUUCAUCGGUUCCCUAGGAGAUCAGGCGGACAGGCUCCAGAGGACUCUGCCGGCCGGACGAUCUUUUGUCGCCAUGGACACCAAGCAGAUCCCCCAAAUCCUUCAGCAGAUUUUCACAUCCACCAUGCUGUCCAGUGCCUGAGAGAACUCCAGUUGGGCGAAUCACACUGAAAUUGGCAUGUCACUGAUGACAAGGAGCAACAGGUCGAAUCUCAUGAUAAAAAUCAGGGUUACAUUUCACUGGAAAAUCAAAAAAAAAAAGGAAUUAUACUUUUAUUUAUACUGAGCACAUUUUCUCCCUGAAUUUUCAUUACCAUUCAUUCUUUUAAUGUAAUGUAAUAAUAUAUAUAUAGUAAUAUGUUAUAAAAUUGAUUUAUUGUACUUACAGUACAUUCUUUAAAGUUCGGAAUGAGAGUAAUGAGAAUCCCCAUUCAGAAUAAAUGGAAUUACAAAAAGCUCAUAAGUAAAAUGUCCAUGAAUACAGUAAAAAUAAAAAAAAGGUA